GGCCCAGAAACCGAACCGGAAGACCGAGGCUAGGCUCACCACCUGCAAUCGCAGCCUCGGGGGCCCAUUUUGGGGGAAACCUCGGGUGCCCGGCGGUGCUUAAACCGCUCAUUAUGACUGUCCAGUUCAUUCGAGCAUCUUUCCAACAGCUUGAUUACCGGUCUCUUCAUAUCACUCACUGUCAACAACAUGGCAGAACAAACACAGGGCAACGCCUACGUGCUCGGCGUCGGCAUGACUGCCUUCCUCCGCCCGCGCGACACCCGCAUGUACACCGAACUCGCCUUCGAGGCUGGUGUGAAGGCGAUGCUGGAUGCCCAUAUUACCUACGACGACGUGGAAGCUGGAAUCGCCUGCUACGCCGGGGGCAUUACAUGCAGCGGGCAGCGUGCAUUCUACCAAUUUGGCAUGACCGACAUCCCCAUCUACAACACAAACAACGCAUGUGCGACGGGCUCUACGGGCCUGCAUAUGGCGCGGAACUUUGUCAAAGCUGGCAUCCAUGACUGCAUCCUGGUGGUUGGGUUCGAGCAGAUGUCUCCCGGACCCCUGAUUGGGAACGUGACUGAUCGCCCGACGCCGUCGGAUCUGAGUGUGCGGCUCAUGGCGCAGACGCGAGGACAGGACAAGACACCCAAGAACCCUCAAAUGUUUGGAAAUGCAGGGCGCGAAUACAUUGAGAAGUACGGGGCGUCCGCGGAGGACUUUGCGGAAAUCGCGCGGGUCUCGCAUGAGCACUCCUCACGCAACCCCUACGCCCAGUUCCAGACCGUCUACACCCUAGAACAGAUUCAGAAGUCACCGAUGAUCUAUUACCCUCUCACCAAGCUGCAGUGUUCGCCUACCUCGGACGGGGCUGCCGCGGCCGUUGUUGUGUCUGAGCGAUUCCUCAACGCCCGCCUAGAGCUCAAGCACGCCAUCCUUAUUGCAGGGCAAUGCCUCGCCUCUGACAGCCCGGCACUGUACUCUGGGAGUGCCAUGAGCCUAGUCGGCUACGAAAUGACCAAGAAAGCAACUGCCAAGGCGCUCGCGGAGGCAGGUGCAACAAUCAAGGACAUCCGGGUCUGCGAGCUGCACGACUGCUUUUCCACCAACGAGCUUAUCUCUCUGGAUGCCAUGGGCUUCAGCGAGCCCGGCAAAGCCCAUCACCUUAUCCGCGCGGGAGAUAUUACCUACGGCGGAAAAGGCCCCAUUGUGAACCCCUCUGGCGGCCUGAUAUCCAAGGGCCACCCUCUCGGCGCCACCGGCCUCGCACAGUGUGCCGAGCUAACAUGGCAGCUGCGUGGCUGGACAAACAAUGGCCGGCUCGUUGAAAACACCGGUGUGGCCCUGCAGCAUAACUUGGGGCUCGGUGGUGCGAUUGUUGUGACCGUCUACCGGCGAGCGGAUGGGAAGAAGAAUACCGAUGUAGCUGUUAGUGAGAGUGAAAUCGCACAGGCAAGCGGGCUAGGUUACAAUCCUGCCGUGGAGGCCAGAUAUAUCACCCGAGCGCAGGGGAAUGCAGUGCGCAGUAAGAAGGCGCCGUGUGACUACGCUUUGGACAAAACUCUGGACCUGAUUGAGGCCAGGCAAGCCAAGAUCUGAUAUUAGGGCGCUGAGUAAAGCCUCUCUGUCUAUUUCAUGCUAGUACUUUUUUUUCGUUUAUAGACGUCCCUAGGAAAAUCAAAUCUGUUUCGACCGUGUCCGUUCACGUGUGCCGCUGGAUAAAGCGGUAGAGAACCUAGAAGGAAUAACAAGUAC